AGCGCGUGUCUUCAACGUUUGACGUGUAGACGCUAGACAGUCUGUCAGUCCGACGGUGUUGUGGUGUUUACUGUCUGUCCGCCUGGCGUCUGCCGAUUACUUUGGACCCGCCUGGUGUCUCAGCGUCCGUCUGGCGUCUACUGUUCGCUUUCCGAUCCAGAACGCCACUGAUCGCUGUCGUCGUCUAAAUGGCCGAUCGUCUUACCCAACUCCAAGACAUCGUUAAUCAGCAGGCGGAUAACUUCUGCAACAGCAUUGGAAUUUUACAACAGUGUGCUCUACCGUCCAAGUUUUCAAACUUUGACCGAAACGGAUCGCAAACACCACAGCAACAAGAAGAUUAUACAAGUUUAUUUUCUUCACUUAUAACACGCUGUGCCAAAGAUAUUGACGCAUUAAUCGAAUCAUUACCCAACGACGAUACUUCUACAGAUUUACAAGUUGCAAGUUUGCGGAGAUUAGAGCAGGAUAAUCAAUUAGCUGCAGAACGUUUGGAAGAAGUUGUUCGAAAAGGUGAACUUCUUCUUGAACAGAUACAGGCAGCUCUCUCUGAUAUUGCUCAACAACAAUUAGAUAUUCAACAAAGUAGUGAUAACAACACGUGUUAAUAAAAACUAAAAACAGAUUGUAUAAUGAAAGUAAAAAAUAAAAAAAAUGUAGCCAAAGCUAUUUCGGCUAUUGGUAAGACACAUAAAAUUAAAAGGAAUAAAAUAAAACGA